CGCUGCAAAAAGUUGUGCGUUUCCGUCUUUUCACACAAAAAGGAAAUGAAUGAAGUCCGCUGAAACACACGAAAUGAAACCUCGGUUUUAUGAACUCAAUUUAAAGUGCAUUAGGAAGAAAUAGAAACUGGAAUAACUUUUGAUUCUAUAUUCAAAUCUUACUGGAAAUCCAAUCAUUUCUCGGGAAGGCAACCCGAGAACCAAUUAGAUCACAGCGCGGGACCUGCGAACCACACUGAUCUCUCCUAUAAAUAGAGUCAGAAACGGCUCCUCGCUACUCUCCAGUUUCCUUUUCUGUGUAAUUGUCAUGGCUCGUACGAAGCAGACGGCGCGCAAGUCGACGGGCGGCAAGGCCCCGCGCAAGCAGCUGGCCACCAAGGCGGCCCGCAAGAGCGCGCCGGCCACCGGCGGCGUCAAGAAGCCGCACCGCUACCGGCCCGGCACGGUGGCCCUGCGCGAGAUCCGCCGCUACCAGAAGUCCACCGAGCUGCUGAUCCGCAAGCUGCCGUUCCAGCGGCUGGUGCGCGAGAUCGCGCAGGACUUCAAGACCGACCUGCGCUUCCAGAGCUCGGCCGUGAUGGCGCUGCAGGAGGCGUGCGAGGCCUACCUGGUGGGGCUCUUCGAGGACACCAACCUGUGCGCCAUCCACGCCAAGCGCGUCACCAUCAUGCCCAAGGACAUCCAGCUGGCGCGCCGCAUCCGCGGCGAGAGGGCUGACCUCAUGCCUGAUGAUGAACGCGGGAAGGGCCUGGGCAAGGGGGGCGCCAAGCGCCACCGCAAGGUGCUGCGCGACAACAUCCAGGGCAUCACCAAGCCCGCCAUCCGGCGGCUGGCCCGGCGCGGCGGCGUCAAGCGCAUCUCCGGCCUCAUCUACGAGGAGACCCGCGGGGUGCUCAAGGUGUUCCUGGAGAACGUGAUCCGGGACGCCGUCACCUACACGGAGCACGCCAAGCGCAAGACGGUCACGGCCAUGGACGUGGUGUACGCGCUCAAGCGCCAGGGCCGCACCCUCUACGGCUUCGGGGUUGGCAGUUGGGCCAUGGCUCGCACGAAGCAGACGGCGCGCAAGUCGACGGGCGGCAAGGCCCCGCGCAAGCAGCUGGCCACCAAGGCGGCCCGCAAGAGCGCGCCGGCCACCGGCGGCGUCAAGAAGCCGCACCGCUACCGGCCCGGCACGGUGGCCCUGCGCGAGAUCCGCCGCUACCAGAAGUCCACCGAGCUGCUGAUCCGCAAGCUGCCGUUCCAGCGGCUGGUGCGCGAGAUCGCGCAGGACUUCAAGACCGACCUGCGCUUCCAGAGCUCGGCCGUGAUGGCGCUGCAGGAGGCGUGCGAGGCCUACCUGGUGGGGCUCUUCGAGGACACCAACCUGUGCGCCAUCCACGCCAAGCGCGUCACCAUCAUGCCCAAGGACAUCCAGCUGGCGCGCCGCAUCCGCGGGGAGCGGGCGUAAACUUGAUUUCCUGAUUCUGUGCCAACUUUGAACCCAAAGGCUCUUUUCAGAGCCAACCACUUUGAUCUAUAACAGAUGCCGUGACACUUAAACAAGUAAGUUCCGUUGCUAACCGAGCUCGAGCUCAAACUUGAAGCAGGCCUGAAAGACAUUUAGGGCUGUCUUAAAUUAAGCUCUCAAGCCUUUGGUCUCCUGAAGUUUUCCUAGUGUGUUUAGUUACAUGGUUUUACUUUCAAACCCCUAUUUUUCCGUAUGUUGCGUAGGUCUGACAGGUUUCAUUCUGGCUCUCGGAUUUAUGGGUUUUAUUCUAAACUUCGAGAAUGGUCUGUUGCACGUUUUUGGUAUCGUGUCCGUUCCCUUGCCUCUUCCAUCCUACAGGCUCUGACUUUUGCAACGUUACUUGGCGCUGUUCGAGGGGUGGCCCGUUGUGUCUUUGGGGGCCUGGGCUGAGCCUUCAAGGCUUCUGGUUAUCUAUUUCUCCCAGGGUUCACCGUGUUGAACUUCUAGAAUCCCAAGGCCCCAGAACCCUUGGUCGGCACUUAGCAGAAUUUGGGGACCCAAUUCACUAGCAACCGCCAGACCUUUAUGAAAGGUGAUCAAAGAUCUCCCCCUAAGCCUCUUAAGGGGAGCCAAGGCUUGGGUUAUUAGCUGGAGCACAAAAAAGACGGUAGCGUUUCCUGAGAACUUCUUACCGUCUAUCCUUCCCGGUAUAUCUACCAGACUAAGCAACCAAGAGCGGUUUGGGUGGGUCUCAGAAAGUACCUCUGGAAAUGAACGCAGGAAUGAGGAUCCUUUCAACUGACGCUUUUAACGCAGGAAUGAAGAUCCUUUUAACUGACGCGCUUUUUUUUUUAAGGUUUUAAGGAAUUUCUACACCUAAAUUGGGGCUCGAAUUUACAACGCAAAAAUCGAGUCGCAUGGUCUAUUGACUGAGCCUUUAACUGCCAUUCAAAAAGGCACUUUUGGUUUUCCUAAAUUCUCUAUCUUACUCUCCAUUUAACUCUUAUGAGACUACCUCAUAUUUAUCAGUAAAACAUGACAAUCCUUUGGAAGCUGGAGAGUUUUCUUAAAUUAUUCUGUUCAAUGCCUAUAAGAAAAUGGUUUGAUGCUAUUAUUAAACAGAUGUUCCUUUUCCGUGAAAAUAACAGGUUUCUCAAUGUCUAAACCGGUAACUGAAUAGAAGGGAAAUCAGGAAUUCUGUUCUAAAACCAUUCAGGGAGUUAUUUGGAAAUGUAGAAGGAUGUUUACUAAUUGGGAUACACAUACUACUUGGAAGGAUUUCAUCUCUCAUGUAUUUAAAUGCUUCGGCAAAUUUGAGUUUGAAAUAGGAAAAGGUAUCCUUAACUAUAGAAUUGAGAAGCUUCUAU